GGAGCAGAGAAAAAGAGUUAGGAGGAACCUGAAGAUAAAGAGUGACGAAGACGCACUGAGAUCUCAAGCAAAGAUGUGAGAAUAUGAUGCAGACGAGUGCAGAGUGUAGGGGAGAGAGGUGACAAACUUUGUGAAGAUCUGAUUUUUAAUUUGUACACAUCUGAAGAUGACAAUGAAAAGUCUCUGUAUGUAAACUUCAUGGCAUCAAAGCUCUGUUAACUUCAAGAAUCGUCUUUUGGCACAAUGGAGUCGAGGAGCAACGUCCUGAUACAGAUCCUAAUCAAUAAGUUGGAGGAAAUGCAGCCCUGCUAUCGUUGUCACCAUCCUUAACUUCGAUCUAGAGCGUGUCCAUCUGAUCUCUGACUUGCUGGUAAACUGCCUGGCUCUGGUUGGAAAUGAUGUCUAGAAGCUGAGUUGGACUUCAGGUGUUGUCCUGGCAGCAUGGGGGAGGUGUGCUAUGUGGGAAGACGGGACUUCACCUGCCUGUUGUGCUUUUAGCCUCUUUCAGGGCUGCUGCUGCUGGGGCCGGAACAGGAGGGUCCAACCCGAGACAUCACGACCAGAGGCUUUCCCUCACCCUCACAGACUCCAAUCAGAAGGCAACCGUCUUGGAACGAACCGACCCUGCUCACAGAAGUUUGUACCUGGUGUCGGGACCUUACCUCAGCUAGAACCACCGGUGGUGCAGGUGGUGGUCAGCAAUGCUAAAAACCAACACCAGCAGUCAGACAACAUCCUGCCCCAGAUUGCCAUUAAAGGGGGUCAGAACAACUUUCAGACACACUCGGAUGAGAGGCCGAAGCCCACCCAGCCUUUCAGCAUGCGCUUUGGUUCAACGAUGGACAAAGUUUCAGUCCCUCGCAACAGCAAGAUAAUCAGCAACAAGCUGGAGAAGGAGAGGUCGUACGAGGGCCAAAGGUUACCGAUGUCCCCCACGGAGGCACUGAAGAACUUCCAAGAUCGGCUGACGGAGUUUGAGCAGGAGGAAAUCAUGGACUACUCUGAGAUCUGGUUCCUGGGUCUGGGCUCUCAGAAGAUCGAGGGCUCCCAGGGUUCAGGGCAGAACUCAGGAUAUGAUGACGAGCAUGGGAGCUACAUCAGGGUGCUGCAUGACCACAUUGCCUACAGGUUUGAAGUGCUGGAAGUGAUCGGGAAAGGCUCCUUUGGGCAGGUCCUGAAAUGUCUCGACCACAAGACUAAUGAACUUGUAGCCAUUAAGAUGAUACGCAACAAGAAAAGGUUUCAUCACCAGGCUCUGGUCGAGCUGAAGAUCCUGGACGUGAUAAAGAGGAAAGACAAAGACAACCUCCACAACGUCAUCCACAUGAAGGAGUACUUCUACUUCAGGAAUCAUCUUUGCAUCUCCUUCGAGCUCCUCGGGGUGAACCUUUACGAGCUCAUUAAAAAAAACAACUUCCAGGGCUUCAGUCUGGCUCUCAUCCGUCGGUUCACUCAUGCCCUCCUGAGGUGCCUGCAGAUGCUGCACAGGGAGAAGAUCAUCCACUGUGACCUCAAACCGGAGAACAUCCUUCUGUCUCAGAGAGGCCCGGGGAACAUCAAGGUGGUUGACUUUGGAUCCAGCUGCUAUGAACAACAAAGAGUGUACACCUACAUCCAGAGUCGCUUCUACCGCUCUCCAGAGGUCAUCCUGGGUCACAACUACAGCAUGGCCAUUGACAUGUGGAGUCUGGGGUGCAUCCUUGCUGAGCUCUAUACGGGCUAUCCUCUCUUCCCCGGAGAGAGCGAAGUGGAGCAGAUAGCUUGCAUAAUGGAGGUUCUUGGGAUGCCUCCAAAUGAUUUUGUCCAGUCUGCAUCGAGGAGGAGGCUGUUCUUUGACUCUAAAGGAAACCCCCGGAACAUCACAAACAGCAAAGGGAAGAAGAGGAGACCCAACUCGAAGGAGCUGUCAGCUGUGUUAAAAACCAAUGAUGCUCUGUUCUUAGACUUCAUCGAACGCUGCCUCAGCUGGGAUCCAACCAAGCGCAUGACUCCUGAUGAGGGGCUGCAGCACGAGUGGAUCCUGGAGGGAAAUUUCAACAAAGUCCGGCCGAGAACGAGGCCGUUGGUGAAGAAGUCUUCAGACAGUUCGACCAACACAGAAAACAGCAGCGAGCACAGUUUACGCAGACAGUCUAACAGCAAGCCCGGAGAGAAGGUCAGCUCCGACAGCAGCACUAAUGACAAGCUCAUCAAGAGAGACAGUUCAUCGAGUGGAACAAAGAUGGCCCCCGCCGAGCGUCUUCGGCCCAUCGGGGCCUCGGCGGAGGAGGAAGUGUGUGAGAGUGAGGGUAAACUCUCCACAGGAAGCGAGCCACAAGAGGGAGGAGGAGAGAGGCCGGUACACAUCAUCAUCAAACCUCAGGAGGAAUCAGGCCCGGAGGGAAAAGAGAGUCAGGAACCGUCUCAGUGUUUACCACCUAUCAUCUAACAGGGACAGAGACCAUGCUGCAUUCAUGACAAAUGGGAAAUGGAGUUACUCAGACUCAGUUAUCCUCUUCUCACCUGUGAGCAACUGAGUUGAGAACAUUUAGUUUGGGCCUGCUCACACUCUAAUUUCUUUGCCACAAACAUGGCGGCUCUGUGGCGUCACAAAAUCACAGAACAACAUGUUGGAGAUGUCAGGCCUGAGUCUUGAGCUUUCAUGUUGUAAAUCCGCUCCAGUGAAUGUUUUCUCCACGCUGAGGAGGAAAUCUUCUGUUUAUUGUUUUAAGUGAUUUGUAUAUGACAGAGAAGUAAAUCAAGCAGUUAUUACAUGUUUAGUAGAAAUGUGAAGACGCAUUUGCAGGCAGGUAUUUGAUUAAACGUGUCAGACUUGGAGACAUCACACCAUCUUCAUCAGGAGAAUGCACAUUUUGAGUGGAGAUCAAACAGCUUAAAAAAAAACCUCAGGCUUUUAGCUUUCAGUGUCUCCUAUGUUAUGUAUGGAACCCAAUCUUUGCUGUGCAUUGACAUCUUUAAAACAGGUUUGAGUUUGAACACUUAACCUUUUUUUCAGUCUCCAUAUUUAAAAAAGUGCAUGUGCUGAUAAACUCGUAGUUUUUGCUUUAACACCUUUUUUUCUUUUAGACAUUUUAGCGUUAUUUAAAUCAUGGUGAUGAUGAUAAGAACAAUCGUGUGCAAUAAAGGCUGAGCCAAAAAAUGUUUUUUUUAAGUUAACAAAUUGAUUGUCGUUGUUUUUAAGCGUAGAACGUAGUUGGUGAGAUGUUGAUUAUAAGUGAUUUCACUUGUUUAUUAUGAAAUGUGUUUCAUAUCCGUUGAUUAAUUUAAUUCACCACACGUCACAUGUGAGUUUGUAAUACCAUCGGUUGUACAUAUUCCUGCUCUGUUUUCCAAUGUUUGUGUAAUUCAAAACAUACUUUAAGAAAACAUUUCAGAUCUUUGUGGAGAGGUUAGACAAGGUUUUACUUGUUGUGAUGUUUCUCUAUGACAACAUUUUGUAUGUCUGUGUUAUUCAUAUUAUUUUUGUAUUAGAAACAACAAGACAAUCCUGAUAUUGAUAGUUUGUGCCUUGCAGUAUUAGAAAAGUUGCACUUUACUAUCACGUGCAUACACUCGGAUUAGAAACUGUUGGAUUCCCAUGGUUCAGACUUUCCUACCACAGGAUCCAUUUAUUGGACAGAAUCCUCUGAUGUUAUGAAACAAAAUCAAAUGUUUUAUUAUCGAUCCUCUUUUUACUGUUGAUUAAUGUCUGUAUAGUCGCCAACAGAAGAUAGACCGCUGCCCCUCGCUAUCUGUUAGCGUAGCUUCCAGAGACGCAGAGAGGGCGGAUUGUAGCUGUCAUGAGAAAAGUGCAAAUGUAUUUUUAUGUUUCUUUUAAUUAAAUAAAAAGUUGUUUCAAAGAAAUCAAA